CAGGGCUGGAAGUUGUGGUGGGUCCCAGAGGGAGGCCUGUUACUGCGAGGGAGGUUAGGGGGUCGACCUACCUGUUUGUUGUCCUCCCCCGGCGGCGGAGCCCCAGACGAUUAGGUGAGCGCCGCCUUGCCAGCUUCCACAGCGCCCUCCGGCUCUGCCGCUGUCUCGAACGCCACCGGCCCUUCUCCCGGGACCCUGUCAGGCUCCACCUUUGCUCCCUCUCGUCCCGUGACGUCGGGCUUCGGGGGUCGGGGGGCGAUGUACAGAGGGCGGCGGCAGGUGGAGUUGGCCGCCGUCCGCCCGCCAGCCUCCUCCUGGCGGUCCUCCGCCGCCUGUCAGGUGUUAAAAGCAACCAGGCUGCCAGGCCCUUCCCCCUGGCCAGAUGGAUCUCUCUGUCCCGAAGCCCCGCGCGGAAACCGACAGCAAAGGGAGAGCCAGCAGGACAUUCUGAUGGAGAGGAUGUAGGGACUAAUAUAAAAAGAGGAAUAAAGACUGACUAAAAGUUUUCUACCUUGAAAAGUUGGUUAGACAAUGAUGGCCUUUUAAUGAGAUUUGGAAAGACUCGUUCUAAGCAAGAUAUAUGGCAUCCAGGAGAAAGAUGUCUCGCCCCUUCUCCAGAUAAUGAAAAACUUUGUGAAGCAAGCAUAAAAUCUAUCACAGUGGAUGAAAAUGGGAAGUCAUUUGCAGUCAUCUUAUAUUCAGAUUUUCAAGAAAGGAAAGUACCUCUUAAAAGACUUCAAGAAGUGAAAUCUGUUAAAGAUUGCUCCAGGAAUUUUAUAUUUGAUGAUGAAGAUUUGGAAAAACCUUAUUUCCCAGACAGAAAAUUUCCAUCAUCUGCUGUUGCUUUUCAAUUAUCUGAAAAUGGAGACUCUAUUCCUUAUACUAUUAAUAGGUAUUUGAGAGACUACCAAAGGGAAGGAGCCCUGUUUCUCUAUGAACACUUCAUCCAAGGAAGAGGGUGUAUUCUUGGUGAUGACAUGGGACUUGGAAAAACAGUACAGGUUAUUUCAUUUUUGGCUGCAGUUUUGGGUAAAAAGGGAACUCGUGAAGAUAUUGAAAAUAACAUGCCAGAGUUUUUACUAAGAAGUAUGAAAAAGGAACCCCUUUCUUCUACAGCAAAAAAGAUGUUCUUAAUAGUUGCUCCUCUUUCUGUCGUCUACAACUGGAGGGAUGAACUGGACACUUGGGGAUAUUUCAGAGUCACUAUUUUACAUGGUAACAAAAAAGACAGUGAACUGACUCGUGUGAAACAGAGGAAAUGUGAAAUUGCUCUAACAACAUAUGAAACACUGCGCUUAUGUCUGGAUGAACUUAACAGUUUGGAAUGGUCAGCUGUCAUUGUAGAUGAAGCUCAUAGAAUCAAGAAUCCAAAGGCUAGAGUAACAGAAGUUAUGAAAGCAUUAAAAUGUAAUGUCCGAAUUGGCCUCACUGGAACCAUUCUUCAGAACAACAUGAAAGAAUUGUGGUGUGUCAUGGACUGGGCUGUGCCAGGACUUUUAGGUAGCAGGAUCCACUUCAAGAAGCAGUUUUCUGACCAAGUAGAACAUGGUCAGAGACACACAGCAACAAAAAGAGAACUAGCUACUGGCCGAAAGGCCAUGCAAAGGCUUGCAAAAAAGAUGUCUGGAUGGUUUCUCAGGCGUACCAAGACUCUAAUCAAGGAUCAGUUGCCUAAGAAGGAAGACCGGAUGGUAUAUUGUUCUCUGACAGAUUUUCAGAAAGCCGUCUAUCAAACAGUAUUAGAAACAGAAGAUGUGUCUUUGAUACUUCAAUCUUCUGAGCCUUGUACCUGCAGCAGUGGCCGAAAAAGGAGAAAUUGUUGUUAUAAGACCAAUUCACAUGGCGAAACAGUGAAAACCUUGUAUUUCAGUUACCUUGCAGUCCUUCAGAAGGUAGCUAACCAUGUUGCAUUACUGCAGGCUGCUAGCACCUCCAAACAGCAGGAAACACUUAUCAAGAAGAUAUGUGAUCAGGUAUUUUCCAGAUUCCCAGAUUUUGUUCAGAAAAGCAAAGAUGCAGCCUUUGAAACACUUUCUGACCCAAAAUACAGUGGAAAAAUGAAGGUCCUUCAGCAGCUUUUAAACCAUUGUAGGCAAAACAAAGAUAAAGUUCUUCUUUUCUCCUUUUCCACCAAGUUGCUCGAUGUGCUGCAGCAAUACUGUAUGGCAUCUGGGCUUGAUUACCGACGACUUGAUGGAAAUACAAAAUCAGAGGAAAGAAUCAAGAUUGUGAAAGAGUUCAACAGUACACAAGAUGUUAACAUUUGCCUUGUCUCCACAAUGGCUGGUGGACUAGGCCUCAAUUUUGUUGGUGCCAAUGUGGUAGUAUUAUUUGAUCCUACAUGGAAUCCAGCCAAUGAUCUUCAAGCAAUUGACAGAGCAUAUAGGAUUGGUCAAUGCAGAGAUGUCAAAGUGCUUAGGCUGAUAUCCUUGGGAACUGUGGAGGAGAUCAUGUACUUACGACAGGUAUACAAGCAGCAACUUCACUGUGUGGUGGUUGGAAGUGAAAAUGCCAAGCGGUAUUUUGAAGCAGUUCAAGGAUCAAAAGAGCAUCGAGGAGAGCUUUUUGGGGUCUAUAAUCUCUUCAAACUGAGGUCCCAAGGGUCUUGUCUUACAAGGGACAUCCUGGAGAGAGAAGGCCAAGUGGAAGCAGGGAUCAUGACAGCUACAACAUGGUUGAAAGAGGAACCUCCAGUACACAAACUAGAAACAGCUAGGGAGCCUGACUGUCAAGAACACAAAGGUCCCGAACAGCCUGCAGAACCACUAGCAAAAGAAGCAUGUGAUCUCUGCAGUGAUUUUAGUGAAGAUGAAUCAGUAGGAAACUCAAUAAUAAAGACUGCUAAAAACAAAGCAUCUGACUCAAGUAAAGCUUCAGGUUCUCCUGGACAGCUUACCUUACUCCAGUGUGGUUUCUCUAAAUUGUUUGAGACAAAAUGUGAAGCAGUUGAGGAUAGUGAUGAAAAUAUUGCCUCUGACGAUGAAUGUUCUGAUGAACAGCCCACAUGCCUUUCAACAGGAGCCAAAGAUGUUGGUUGUAGGAAAAGUCAAGACUCUGUUGGUACUUCAAAGCAUCAGAAAUUCACUAACAUCCUAAAUCCAAAUGGAAAAUAUAUUUUUGAUAAAACUGAGAUUUUAGAACAGAAUAUUUCUUCUGAGUCUGAUGAUGAGAAAAAUUUUAAAAAUACAGUUGGCCACCAUUGCAUUUCACAGAAUGUCACAGAAUCAGAAGAUAGUGAUAUCAUCUUUCCCACACAGUACAAAACUCAAAGAUUCCUCAAGAAGAGUGUAAGGUUUAAGCCACCUGUGGAUGGAUCUGAAGAUUCUGAAACAGAAAACCCUGUAAAUAUAAGAAAUAAUGGUGAUAAUAGAAAGACCAAUGUCAGAGGAAAUGGACUAAUUUCAAAACAAUUAAAUCCUGAGAACAAGACCCUAAAAUCUAAUACAAAAAGAAAAUGCAGUAGUGAUAUUAGUGACGAAUCUGAUGACAUUGAAAUUUCCUCCAAGUCAAGAUUAAGAAAGAAAAGAACUACUAGUUCUCUGAGACUUAAGAGAAAAGAGGAAAAUAAAAGGGAACUUUACACUUUUCCAAAAACAAUGAAAAAAACAAACCAACUGUGUGCAACAGAUGAAGCCUAUACCUCUCAGGCUAUUGAUGAUUUUACAUCCUCAGAUGAUGAUUUAUCUGUUAGCCACAUCAGUGUCUCUAAACAGAACCAUAGACCAAAAACUAUAAAAAAUAGAAUCAGUUUCUCUUCAAAAUUACCUAGCCAUGAGAAAAACAGCACUUUCAUACCAAGAAAACCAAUGAAAUUUCCAAAUAAGAGCAUUGUCAAUCAAGAUCAGAUGUGUGAAUCAAUGGAUAAAUUUUUAGGUGGUGUUCAGGAAGUGGCUUACAUUCACUCAAACCAGAAUGUGAUUGGAUCAAGCAAAGCUGAAAAUCACAUGAGCCGAUGGGCAGCACGUGAUGUAUUUGAAUUGAAGCAGUUUUCCCAGCUUCCUGCUAACAUAGCUGUUUGUUCUUCUAAGACAUAUAAGGAAAAAAUGAAGGGAGAUACAUCGACACAUACAAAGGAAUGCCAACAACCAAGUGAAGGCAGCAUUUCCUUUCCCCUUUACAUUUCACACCCUGUAAGCCAGAAGAAGAAAAAUGUCUACCGAACAGGCCAGACCACCUUCAUAAUUGGAGAAACACCAAAAGGGAUCCGCAGAAAACAAUUUGAAGAAAUGGCUUCUUAUUUUAAGUUGUCUUCUGUAAAGGAAUUUGGUAAACACAUAACUAAUGCCACAUCAGAAGAACGACAGAAAAUGCUAAGAGACUUUUAUGCUUCUCAGUAUCCAGAGGUAAAAGAAUUUUUUGUGGAUUCCCCCUCAGAAUUCAUUAAAUCUGCCUAUGAGGAAGGAGAGAGAGUCAGGAAUCUGUCUGAAAAAAGAGAGUCUCUUAUAAAAGAAAGGGUGUCAGAUUCUGUAACUUUGUCAUUUAAAAAUUGUACCAAAAAUUUUUCUCAAAUUUGCAGCCCAAAAAUAUAUAAAGAAAAAUCAAUUAAGUUUCGAAAUCACAGUUUCUAUAGAGAAGAGUUGCUUUCUAAUUAUGUGGAAACUAAGAAAUUACCUGUAAGCUCUACCCAAAAGACGAACAAUGGGAAAAACAGCCAAGCAUCCAAAGAUACUGUAGCAUCCUGUUUCCUGAACAGUAAGUCUGGAGCGUAUAAGUUGGAAAAGUUGGAAAAUACCAUGAAAAACCGACAGGAUCUCACAGGAUUGGGUGUUUCAAGAAAUGGACCCUUUUUCAAAGUGGAAAACAAAAAGAUAGAAAGUCCAGUGUUAGAAAACACUUCUGUGGUAAGCUUACUUGGUGACACCUCUAUUCUUGAUGACCUCUUUAAAAGUCACGGGAACAGUCCCACACAACUGCCAAAGAAAGUUCUUUCAGGGCCCAUGGAGAAAGCAAAACAGAGACCAAAAGAUUUCUGGGACAUCUUGAAUGAACAGAAUGACGAGAGUCUUAGUAAACUCACCGACUUGGCAGUAAUAGAGACUCUGUGUGAAAAAGUGCCUUCUGCUGCAUCCUCCAAAAGGAAAGAGGAUCUUGAAGCUCCUCUUUGGAAAUCAAAUGAGAAAUUUUUGUGGAAAAAAUUUAACUCCAGUGAUACAGAUGAAAGCACAACUAAUACACAAGAGUAAUACAUAAACACACAAAUAAAUUACUACAACCAAUGAACUUCUGCCAUCAAUGUUUACAACACUGUAUUCCACACUGAUUAUGUUACACAGUUGUCAACAUAUAUUUUUAAUAAACUCUUGCUCUAAGGUUUUCUUUUUAAGUCUAAAAUGUUAUCAUGUAUUGGUUUUCCUUGAUAGCUGAUUUGAUCUUUAAAAAAAAAUACGUAUUAUAGUAUAAACCUCUUUUAUGAAAUGGAAAAUAUUCUGGAUUUGUUAUCAGGAGACCUGGGGUAUGUCUCUUAUUGUAUAAUUAUAUGACCUUAGAUAAGUCAUUUAGGCUGGUGUGCAGCCAUUUCCUAAUAUGAAAGAUGAAGGGCCUGAACUUGAUCCACGAGUGUCCUUCCAGUUUAAAAAAGCUUUGUUUCACUCUCCUAGAUUCCUUAAGUCAUAGGCCAAAUUAUGGUCACCCCCCAAAUCAAAUGUAUACUAAUGAGUUUCUUUCUUACUACCAUUUGGAAAAUUAUUAACUGUUUUAUUUUCCCUCAGUAUCAUGUACUACUAUUAAGAAAUUAUUUAUACAAAAGUAAUAACUAGUACUGAAUACAUGAUGUAUAUUAAAAUAGUAAGCUUAUAAACUGCUCAAAAUCAAAGGGUUAAGUUGUAUAACUUUAUGAUAUAUGAUACUGAAGUCAUACAGGUUUUAUCAUUAGCCACAGAACACCAAUGCGUCAACUUUUUGUACAACUAUAUAAAGCUUUGUAUAGUACUUUUGCACUUUUUUAAGUAUGAGUAAAUGAGUAAACAUUUGAUUUUAUUUAAAACUCUUAUAUUUUGUUGAACUUAACUUAUAUAGUUUAUAACCAAUGAGUAUGUGCUUGUUGUUGGAUUCACUUAUUUGGAAGCAUUCACUCAGCCCCUAUGGGUGCUGUGCUAGGAGCUCGAGAUGUACAGGUGAGGCACUGCUACCAGUAAAACAAAGGAAACCAUGUGUAUAAAGAGUCGGGUCUGUAAAGCCCCUGGCAUCAUGCCUGGCACAUGGUAGCAGGACCUGAGGCUUCUACUGACCCACAGGCAGAUACACUGUGGCAACUUUCCCUCAGUUGAACCGGCAGGGCUAUGAUGGGAGGAAAUGUCCAGAAAAUAGCAGUGAACCAGGAAAUUAUGGUGCUCAGAGAUCACUGUGAAUUGUUACUGUAUUGAGGGGAGGGGGCCUUUGGAGUACCCAGCCAUCGCAGUGUGGAGCCAUUGCUCAGAAAUGGGGAAAAAAAGAAAGAAAAUCUUUUCUUAAGGGACUGAAUGGCCAAGUAUGUUUUUCUCUAGGGCAGUGCUGAGAGCUGUGAAAUAUAUAUUAUUU